AUGGAGCCCCGCGGGGAGCGGCAGCAGGGCGAGGCGCUGAUGGAGCUCUACGACUCCUUCGGGGACAUGUUCAGUUUCUUUUGCACCCACACCACCAUCCACGGCACCGUGCGGCUCGUCUGUUCCAGCCGCAACCGUCUGAAGACCGCCUUCUGGGCUCUGCUCUUCCUGGUCACCUUCGGCAUGCUGUACUGGCAAUUUGGUCUGCUCUUCGACCAGUACUGGAAGUACUCAGUCAUCAUGACUGUCUCUGUGCACUCAGAGCCCAAGAUGUUCCCAUCCAUUACCCUCUGCGACAUGAACCCUCACAGGUCUCUACCUCUGGAGAGGUACCUGGAAGACCUGGAUGAAUUUGCCCAGGAGAACAUCUAUUCCUUAUAUAAGCUAAACAUCACCGAAAGACAAGCAGGGGGUCAAGGUGACUCUGCUACCGGCCCCAGUCCUGACAGGCCCUUUCACCUCAACCGAAGUAUUUACCUGGAGAAGCUGGAUGGGCAGGACGUGAACAAAGUGGGGUUCAGGCUGUGUAACAGCACAGGUGGGGACUGCUUCUACCGUGCCCACUCCUCUGGGGUGGUGGCUAUUCAGGAGUGGUACCAGUUCCACUUCAUCAACAUCAUGGCCAUGCUGCCACCCCACAACGAGACAUCCCAUGAAGCCCAUGGCGGCCACUUCAUCUUCAGCUGCAGCUACAAUGGGAAGGCCUGUCAGAAGCAGGACUAUGAGGUCUUUCAUCAUCCUGUCUAUGGGAGCUGUUACACUUUCAACAGUCGAGGAACAAAUGACUUCUGGAAAGCCAACCGGCCUGGGCUCACACACGGAAUCAGCCUCAUUCUCAAGGCUGAGCAGAACAAUUACCUCCCAUUGCUCUCCACUGAGGCCGGGGUCAAGGUCAUGAUCCAUGCCAAGAAUCAGGCACCUUUCUUGGAGCACCAGGGCUUCAACAUUCGCCCAGGCACCGAGACCACAAUCGGUGUGAAAGAGGACGAGGUCCACCGGCUAGGGGGCCAGUACGGCCACUGCACAAAGGAUGGUAGCGAUGUAGAUGUCCAGCUUCUCUAUGACAGCGCUUAUUCCACACAGGCUUGUUUGCACUCUUGCUUCCAGGAGCUAAUGAUCCAGACCUGCGGUUGUGCUUAUUACUUCUACCCACUCCCAGAGGGAGCCCAGUAUUGCAACUACAACCAGCAUCCAGCCUGGGGUCACUGUUACUACAAGCUCUCCCAAAACCUGGAAUCCCACAGGCUCCCCUGCUUCCGUCGCUGCCCCAAGCCCUGCUGGGAAUCCUUGUACCAGCUCUCAGCAGGAGUUGCCAAGUGGCCGUCAUCUAAAUCGGAGGACUGGAUCCUGUCCACACUGGGCAAGAAGGACAAUUAUAGGGACAAGAGGAACAACGUUGCCAAGGUGCACAUAUUCUACCAGCAACUCAAUUAUUGCUCCAUGGAUGAAACGCCAAUGUAUUCGGUCACCCAACUCCUGUCCAGCAUGGGCAGCCUGUGGAGCCUGUGGUUUGGGUCUUCGGUGCUCUCUGUUGUGGAGAUGCUAGAGCUUCUUCUAGACGCGGCGGCCCUGUCCUUCAUCCUGGGCUACCGCCACUUCUUCAGAUCCAGGACAAUGAGCACAGGGGCCUCAGAGGGGCCUGAGGAGGGAGUGAGGGCACUGUCCAUCCAGCAGGACCUCUCUCAGCUCCCGUGGAAGAUGGAGAACUCCUUUGGAAGCUACAUUUCGGAGCAGGGCCUGCGUCAGGCACCUGUCAGCAUCCUGGUCUACGGACGAUUCCAGGGGCCCUGGCUGCAGUCAGGACAGAAGAUGCCUCCCCAGGACUGGUUAUUAGCGCAGCCAGGUGCACCCAGUCCCAGAGCUCCCGAGAAGCCCCACCUAACCAUGGCUCCCACUUUGUUUUUCCUGCUGGUGCUGGCCGUGGGGAAGAAGCAAGCACUGUCCCAGGGGAGCUGCACAGAAGCCCAGCUGGAUGAAUUGAUCAGACUGCACACAUUCACACACGGGCUGGCCAACUUCAGCAGCUACGGCUGUCAUUGCGGCCCUGGCACCCAGGGUGCCCCCAUGGACAAGAUCGACAAGUGUUGUCACAGUCACGACUGCUGUUACAACAAGGCACAGGUGUUUGGCUGCACCCCUGGCUCUCACACCUACAGAUACCUUAACCUGGGGACCAAGGUGAAGUGUGUGAAGACUCGGGACCGGUGUGAGAAAAUGAUGUGCGAGUGCGAUAACAAGAUGGCCAAAUGUUUCCGAAAAUACCUGCCCAUGUACAACCCUCAGCUCCAGAGCUUCCCAGAAGCCCCCUGCUAUGGACCCCGGCCCUUCUGCUGA